CCAGGCCGCCGGGAGGGCGCCUGCCGACCAGGGAUCCCGUCCGGCCCCCUCCUGCUGGGGCCCAGCCGAGCGGAGUGUGACUCACGAGAACCGAGACUCAACUGGGGUGAUUCACCUGUUGAGAGGGGCGGGUCCUGCCACGCACCUGUUCCCUCUCUGUCCACACCCCUCUCCCCAGCUGGCUAUGGACCCGCCUAGCUCUUGUGGACAUCUGAGUUUUCGACCCUGCAGCCUACACCAAGCUAUUUGAUGAAUUGUACUUCUGGAAGUGCAGUAGACCAAGGUUCAUUCCACUGCCGAGGGCUGAUGCCUGAGUUCUGUGGGUGACUUCACAAUGCCCAGGGUGGUUCCUAGCAUCCUCCUGUAGUCUCGAGCUACCAUGCUGGCUGUCCUGUGGCUGUUUUGCCUUUCUCUCCCCGCUCUGUGGGCCCAGAUAUUAAUAAGCUGUACCUACAAGAGUCUCUGCCAGCAGGCCCUACUCUCGGGCAAUGAUGUUGUCCUUCAGUGUGACUAUCCCAAGGCACUCUGGUACUUCUCUUCCAUUCUGGGGGAGGAUCCCUUGCUGCUAUCCUCAAUGCCUAACGUAAAGAAACUGCCUCGGGGCAGCCUCCAAUUGACCAACCCUCAGCCCUCCCAGACAGGCCUCUAUUACUGCCAAGACAAUGACAGUGCUAUCCUGGUGGAGUAUGAGAUUGAUUUCCAAGAUGUCACCACCCUGCAUGUUACGCACAAAGGCCUGGGCCAAAAGCCCCUGCAGAAUGAGACCCUGAGUCUGGGUGGCAGCGUACUCCUCUUUACCCACUGGGAACCUUGGCAGGACUGUAACCGCUGCGAGGAGCUGGGUGAGCGCAAACGCCUGGGGUACUGCUACAUGGAGGAGCCCCUGGAAAGACCCAUGCCCUGCUGGCUCUAUCUGAGAGAGGAGAAGGUGCAGUAUAGCCGCUUACGGCCUGAGCUGCAGGUGGAAGCGUGUCUUGUACCCUGCGACCACAUCAAGGAAGUCAAUCAGCCAUUCUUCACCUUUGACGUUUAUCAGUUGGGCAAGUUGACCAACAACAUGUGGCUCACCUGCCCCUUGGCCUCCGUCUACAGGUGACUGGACCAUCAUCGGCCCUGCCUUUAACCAUCACCCAGGCUUUGCUUCCUGUGCCCGCCUGGGCCAGGGAUUUACCUUCCAAUGGAAAAGCAGGCUCUGUCUCCCAGCCCAUGAGCCUUCAUAGUCAGUCUGUGCAGGAAGGGGUCUCGUCACUGGCCUGUUCAGAUGUUCAUUCAGCAAAAAUUCCCUGGUGCGCAUUCUGAGCCAGGCCCCAGGCAGUGAUGUGGGGGACACAGUGGUGACCAACAAAGACCUAGUCCUCGCCUUCAUAGGCUCCUGAUAUUGAGGGGGAGACCAAAUGCCAAACUUAGAGGCAAAGGCACUUCAGCCCAUGCUCACACCAAAAUAGGCACUAGUGUGGCUUUUCUCUCCUCACUGGGCUCUGACUGAUACAAUUUGUCUAUCAAUCCUUGAACCAAUGGCACAGUAUCUUAAUUAUUAUACCUUUAUAAUAAGUCAUGAUACCCAGUGAUAUAGAUUUCCUGAUUUUGUUUUUUAAGAUUUUCUUGGUUAUUCUUGGCCCUUUGUAUAAAAAUUUUGGAAUUGGCUUGUGGUUUCCAUCCAAAAAAAUUCUAUUUUUUAAGAAAAUAGAGACUUCAUUGAAUCUAAAGAUAAAUUUAGGUAGAAUCAAUAUAUUAUAAUAUUUAAUUGUCUUCCAAUCUGUGAACAUCAUAAAAAACUUCCAUUAUUUAGGCUUUCUUUAAUUUCUCCCAGUAAUGUGCAGUUA